CCAUCUCUCCUCAGUGGCGCAGCACGCACGCGAAAUUGAACUAAAUUAAAAUACCUAAACUAAACAUUUGCGUGUUUACGAAACCGUGAAAUUAAAUCCGUCUCUUAUUUUCAAAUUCAAAGUGUCGAAUAAAAAGUGUGAAAGAACUAAAGCGCUUAAUGCGUCCGCUCUCUAUGAUGGUACGACCACAAAUGGCGGCCAUCUUUUUUUUAUUUGCCACGUGGCUUAAUUUGGCUUUGGGGUGUGAAAUAGACAUGGCUGUUUAUAAAGUGACCAUCAAAUUUUUGUGGAGUGAAGAAACAUUUCCUAAAGAUUAUCCUUUAUAUCGGCCUAAAGCACAGUGGUCGUCUGUCUUUGGCCAAUCUCACAACAGGUCCUACAAUCUUUACCACAUAGACGAAGUUGCGAGGAAAUCAGUUCGUAAUUUUGCCCAAUUUGGAAAAUUAGAUGAAUUGGUACAAGAAGGUGACGAGGAUCAGAGAGUUUACGACCAAUUCUCAGCUCCGUCGGUCGGAGACGGUACAGGUGAAACUGGUAACAUGGUGUUUCUAGAUGGAGAUCAUAGCUUAAUUUCAGUUAUGUCUCGUAUCAUACCUUCGCCGGAUUGGUUCGUUGGAGUAGACUGCUUAGAUCUAUGUAUUGAUUCGUCGUGGAUUGAUGAAAUAACACUUGAUUUGGAACCUCUGGAUGCUGGAGCAGCAAGUGGUCUCACUUUUACAUCCCCACGCUGGGAAACCACUCCACCAGAUCCUGUCAGUAAACAUGGCCCUCGUCACCCAAAUCACCCAGCUGCUGGUUUCUAUUACCCAAACCUAAGAGAGUUACCGGCCAUUGCCAGAAUAGAAAUUUCUAAGGUAAAAGAAUACUCAACAAAGCAACUAAAUGAUUUAGCUCGAAAGGAACUUCUUCAAAAUUUGAAGUUAAAAGACAAACGUAAAGGUUCCCCGAGGAGAAAGGUAAACAUCGUCGAAAAUUAUCAAGAAUCAGAGAGAGACGUAACUACAACGAAUUACGUCGAACAACUAAAAGACCUCGAAGAAGAUGCAGUUGACAUACCAUCACAUAAUUUAGCUGACAACAAUGUUAUUGUUGUUACUAAACCUCCAAUUACUACAACGACAGUCCAAGAAUUCGAUAGUCAUCUUAAGAAUAUGGAUGACGUCGUCCUAGCUGUGGCUCACGGCAGAAAAUUUGGAUUAGGAAAGCAUCUUCCAAGGCAUUUUAGAUCUCGUCUACACCACGCUGUUAAUAAAAUACAACCUGAAGAUUGCCUCGUAUCAGAAUGGAGUGAUUGGACACCAUGCUCUGUGACCUGCGGUUUCGGUGAUAAAUUUAGAAGUCGUCGCGUCGUGCGAGAGAAAACAAAGAACGGACGCAACUGUCCCUCUCUAACUGAUAGACGGCACUGCGGCGACAUUAACUCUUGCGCGCACAUUGACUACUUUGAAUGGUGAACAUAUUAAUUUUAAACUUUUUUAAUUAUGUUUUACAAUUUUACCCUCAUUAACUUGAAUUAAGACUAUAAAUGAUUAAC